AUGUCCCGAUCCGGCCGACGAGGCCCUUGGUUACCAGAAGAAGAUGCUACGCUGUUGCAUCUUGUCAGAACCCAGGGGCCGAACAACUGGGUUCGCAUCUCUGAACACAUGCAACACCGAUCUCCCAAGCAGUGUCGAGAGCGAUACCAUCAAAAUCUGAAACCCUCUCUGAACCACGACCCUAUCUCGUCAGAGGAGGGCGAAGUUAUCGAGCAGCUAGUUCGCGAUAUGGGAAAGCGAUGGGCUGAAAUUGCACGACGACUGGGCAACCGGAGCGACAACGCGGUCAAGAAUUGGUGGAACGGUAGCAUGAAUCGCCGAAAAAGAAGCACAGGAGCACAUGGUGCUGUUUCGAAAAUGGUGGGCUACCGGACGCAACCCAUUCUUGCAUCAGCAUCAUCACAUCCGCUGAAGCAGCUUUAUCUACCAGAGCAGCUAGCGCUUCCGCCCUUCUCAGCUUCAGAUCCCUUCCACAGGCCGGAAAUUAGCCCUUCAAGCACUCUAGGCAUGCGACCAGAACGUCGUUACGACCUACUUCCACGGCCGGAUGGGCGUCAACUUUCCGUGCAGACCGAUUGCAGAUCUCUUCUAUACCCAGGGGGGGACCAGCAGAUUCUAAGCCCUCUUCAACCUCACUCGGCUUCUGCCAACCUACCCAGUCCCGGAGGGAAACCUCUGCUCGGGAUCCAUAACUGGUCUCCCAGUCGAUUAGAGUGCCAAUUGCCGCCUCUGAACUGGAGCGAGGCCCCUGUUCCAUCUCCGGCAGCGACAGAAGCCUCACAAGGAUCGUAUCCUCUACAAGCGCCGUCGCUCGUGUCGGACAAUCAGUCGAACUGUUCUAUCUCACCCAAGACGGUUACAUCUCCUCGUCCCGGCGGAACUGUGGGGAAAUUGCCGUCUAUAGACCUGUGGCCGGAGAUGCAUCGCAGAAACAGCACAGGUAACUAUCCAGAUGCAGAGAUCGACGGUUCAUGGAAGAGCCGGUCAGAGCAAGACUCGCAACCAUAUCGAUCAGCGGAAAGAGCAGGUUCGGUUCCAGAAAUCACUGUUGGCCUCGGCUUGCCGCGUCCACCAUCGCCCCAGAAUGCUGCAAACGACCGUCUCAGCCUGAAUACGACGGCGAGAUACAGCCCGUGCCCAUCGAGCGGCAAGCCGAAUUCACCGAGCGAGAAGGACACCCGUAUGAAGGUGGCUCGGCUUCUUGAAUGA